AUGACCGAAGAUAAGAAACCGCGGAGGAAGUUCGUAGGCAGCACGAAAGCGCCAUCAAGCCAACCAGCAGCCGCACAGAAUGGAAUACCAGAUGAAAUACUAAAUGAUACGCAGUUGAAUAUUGCCAUGGCACUGCUCCCAGAUAAUUACUCAUUUGAAAUCCACAAAACUAUUCACUGGAUACGCAAAGAGAACGCAACUGUUGUUGGCCUACAAUUUCCAGAAGGUUUACAGAUGUUCGCUUGUACCAUCUCUGAUCUCCUCGAGAAAUUCACUAGCGCUCAAGUUAUAAUCCUCGGUGAUGUCACUUACGGCGCUUGCUGCGUCGACGAUUUCACUGCCAGAGCUCUCGGCUGCGAUAUGCUCGUACACUACGGACACAGCUGCCUCGUACCCAUUAACCAAACUUCCAUCAAAACGCUCUACGUCUUUGUCGAAAUCAGUGUCGAUUCUACCCACCUGGCAAAGACGAUAAGGAAGAACUUCCCUACCAACGCCCAGCAAUUUGAAAACACUCUCCUCCAUUCUGAUACAGAGAGAUAUCAAAGUGUUGAAUUGGAGAAUGCUCCACCCAAAAAGACGAAAUUGGCGCUCGUGGGCACAGUACAGUUCGUCGGUGCGUUGCAAGGAUUAGCACUCGAUCUGCGCAAGGACCUGCGUCAGGAGACACCCCAAUCCAAGCCAGCAGGACUGAUCGAGGGGGGCUAUGAAGAUGGUAAAACUGAGGCUGCUACUGCUACCGGUAGUGCUCAAACACCCUUCGACUCCCAACAAAGCGACAUACACAUGGACAGCUACGAAGUCAUCAUUCCACAAAUCCGUCCGCUAUCUCCUGGAGAAGUACUCGGAUGCACGGCACCUAAAUUGGACGCCGUUGACGCCCUGCUCUAUAUCGGCGAUGGCCGUUUCCACCUCGAGAGUAUAAUGAUAGCAAACCCGGCCGUACCUGCAUUCCGGUACGACCCCUACAGCAAAAAGAUCACGCGGGAGCACUACGACCAUGCAGAGAUGCGCAUGAUACGAUCAGAUGCGGUAGCACUAGCGAAAGGUGGCAGCGAUGCACAGCAUGCCGACAAUGCAUCCACAGCCACGUGGGGUGUAGUGCUCGGCACGUUAGGUAGACAGGGGAGUCUGAAGGUAUUGGAGACGAUAGCGAAUCUGAUUGAAACGCGCGGUGGGAUAGAGUACGUGCCGAUACUGAUAUCAGAGCUGUCGCCGCAGAAGGUAUCUCUGUUCGGUGAUGAGCUUUCGACAUUUGUGCAGACGUCGUGUCCGCGUUUAUCUAUAGACUGGGGAUACGCUUUCCCGAAACCACUUCUUUCGCCUUAUGAAGCAGCUGUGACGCUGGAGCGGACGCAGGGUUGGGAUAGAGAUGUCGACGGUGAGAGAGACUAUCCGAUGGAUUUCUACGCAAAUGAUAGCAGAGGUCCUUGGACACCGCGCUAUGGAUUGAUGCCUCCUAGACGGCCUCGCAGAACACCGGCAGCGCGUGCAAAUGAGAGUGUUGAGAGGAGCACCAACAGAAGCACCAACAACACACCGAAUCCCAAUCAAGUCGCCCAAGCAGUCGCUGCUAUAUAG